AGCCCAUCAACACCCGAGGAACAUCUGUAAAUUACAUACAUUAUACAAAAUUGUAUGUUACAUAAAUACUAAUUAUAAAAUUUUUAUGCUGUUUAUAAAAAUAGUAUAAACUGUAAAACCAAACUUCGUCGCAUAAGAAGUUCAUAAUACAAAUUUCCACGUAAACAAUUAUAUCCUGCGCUAUUUUCACAUUCUCGUUGAAAUACUUAUACAAAUUCCUGUACUUUGGCAAACUACACGCAUGCUAUCACUCUAUAAAGUUACUCUUAACUGUAGCUCAUACUUUCUCUAAUAAAAGCUUCCUUCCGGGCAACGCUGUAUUACAUCACACUUUAUUGCCCCCAUAAAUCUAAUUUGCAACGCUGUUUCUUUUUUUUUCUUUUUCUUUUUUGUCAAGAACGACGACACGAAGCCUCGAUAAAACCGUGCACAUAUUUUGUUUCAGAAAUGACGAAUCUCUUUGUUCGUGCUGCUGGUCGACGGUGCUGGCAGUAACCAGGGGUUGGCGGAGGGCAUUGUUUUAUCUACCACUGUCCUGUACUUUGGCAUGGAAGCCGCACAGCCUUUUGUUGUCCUACGUCGCGGCCGGACUUUUGGCAGUGCUAUCCUUACUGCAUAUUGCGACCAGCGCUUUGAACGGCCGUGGCCCCUGCCAGAUGAGCAAUGCCACGGAUUCGGUUGGCGAGAGCCUCCUGAACACCAGGCCUGAGAAUUACGAUCGUUUCGAAGAAGUUCUGGUAAGUGAACUUCGAGUUAGGUAAAAAUGUUCUCACUCCUUCCUCUCCUCUCCCCCUCCCCCUCCUCCCUCCCUUCAUCAGAGGAUUAACGUUGAAAAUCCUGGAAAACCGUGGAAAUGUAAUUUAAAUAUCUGUAUUGUGUUGGACGCGGAUAAUUCUGGCAAUGUAAAUUUGGUAAAUUUCGUACGAAUGGCACGUUUCUAUUCGACGUAAUGAAAAUGCGGUGCACUUGAAUGAGACUGAAUACAAAAUUUGGUACAAAUUUUCAAAUAAACGAAAAGGAACUGUAUUUUCGAGAUUGAGAUGAAAUGCAAAGCACUUGAGCCAUUUCAAUGAGAAUGAAGAUGAAGCAAAUUUUAAAUAAGCAAGAAGAAACUGUAUCUUCGAGAUUGAAAUGGAUUUCUUUUAUUAUGAUAAUUACUUUAUUUAUUAUUGAUGAACAAAAGUGCUUAUUUUAUUUACUAUUUAAUAUUAAUUGCUUAGUUCUUAAGAAAGACAAACGAGCCUGUCGUUGAAGUACGUGCUCUUGUGAUUGUCCAUUUUACCAUUUUACAUUUUUAUGUUGAUAUAGUUACAAUAGAGAAGUAUUCGUACUUUUUCGAAUUUACUUGAAAUAAAUCUUUCUUACGUAACUUAUAUAAUUUUUUACGGUAUGUAGAAUAGAAAAAUUUAUUUUAUUAAUUUGUAGAAUUAUAUUCUAUCGAAAAGAAAAAAAAAUCAUUUGUAUAUAUAUUACGUAAAACAAAGGAAUAAA